AUGGUACAGUUCAUGGAGUCCAAGAGUGAUGAACAUUGUGACCAGAGGAAAGCCUUUGCCCACCAAUCCAAGAUGGUUGCUGCAGUACUGACCAAGUGUGAAUUGGCAGAUGUUCACCUGCCGGGGCUUGGGCUCUAUUUUGAUUGCAAGUUGAGACAUGAGAAGCUUCAGUUGGAGCGAACGUUGGAACAGGAACAAGAGUACCAGGUCAACAAACUCAUGAGGAAGAUAGAGAGAUUGGAAAACGAUACGGGAGGAAAGCAACGAAAACUAGAAGAGCUGAAAAGAGAAAAGAUUGACCUGGAGAAUGCUUUAGAACAAGAACAAGAAGCCCUUGUCAAUAGAUUGUGGAAGAGAAUGGAGAAAUUAGAAGCUGAAAAGAGAAAUCUACAGGAAAAGUUGGACGAGCCUGUGUCAGCACCGCCGUCCCCUCGUGAAAUCAAGAAUGGCGAGACAACGGAAACGCUCUCCCGCUACGUGGAACAGCUCAGGAACGAGGUCCGCAAGCUCAAGAACCAGCUCCUUUCUACGCAGAUGGAACAUCAAGAGAGGAUUGUCCAUAUUCAGCAGGAUGAGAGGGAGGUCCGGGAGGAGAACAUCCGUCUCCAGCGCAAGCUCCUCCUGGAGCAGGAGAGGAGAGAAGCCCUGAGCAGACACCUGUCAGAAAGCGAGUCAAGUCUGGAGAUGGAUGACGAGAGGCAGUUCAACGAGAUGGCUCAAGGUCUCAGACCAAGGACGAUAUCAUCACCGAUCCCUUACACACCAAACCCAGCCAGGCCUAUCUCCCCUGCGUACCCGGCCCUGACUCCCCCGUCCCCAGCCACCCGGGGUGCCUCAUUCGCCAGCUCGACGGUCAGUCACCCAUCACCUAUUAGUCCUUUUGGCACUUCACCACCAGUGGGACCAGCACCACUCAACCCUCAUAUGAGAAUGAGACCGCAAGGUCCUUCACCAUCCGGCCACCAUGACCGCUUCGUAAAGCCAACCAACCCAACCUACACCAGCACGCCGACCAGCAACUCGUAGUCGCCGCUUCAAUUGUCUGCACUCGAGUUCUUAACAUGAGGAGGUGAUGUCAUCCAACCCAUGUAUGCCUUUUGCACCUAUGUGUAUUUAUCCUGAUUGGCUAUGUAUGAACAUUCGAUGCACCGUCUGGCUUGGCAUCACCAGGGAUUAAUUCGUAGCUGUACGGAAUCGGUGGAAUAGCAGCAUCGAGUUGCCAAUAAGAGGAUUACGGACAAGGCGUUGGAUAAGUUUGCAGUUGAGAUAAAUUGCACAAUGCAAUGACCGUAUCAUCAGCUGUAUCUGGCAUGUAUAUUCAAAACCUUUUGUAAGUGCGUUGAGGCGCUGCUUUUUAGAUAUAAACGUCACUAAUGCAUGUGUUUCUGACAAUGAUGUCAUUACUCUUCUCAAAGGGGAAUUCCCCUAAUGAUUUAGGGGAUUUCCAACAUGUCUCUGUGAUGUAUAUUGUGAUCUGUGUACAGUUGCAGACACCUUUCUCCUUAUCUCAUCAAACUUAGGGUUAGUGCAUUUUUGUAUUAAGGUCUAGUAUUGAUUAUCUCUUACAUUGUAUGAUUUUACACAGUUUUAUUCAUCAUUUUAUGUUUGCACAUGGUUGGAAAAAGAGAAAGAUACUUGAAAAUGAUUGGAAGAUACAAAACCCUUUUCAUAGUUGUGUAGCAAAGUGAGAGCGCCUAUAUGGCUGCUCAGCCACAGCCAGGUAUAAUAUGAUACCAAGUAUUAAAGCACAGUAGAGAAUAUGGAUAUAUCAGCUGCGCUGUAUAGAUGGAAUUAUAAGAGCAGCAGAUUAUAUUAUUGAUGCAGUAGAGUGUAUGAAGUAUGGCAUAGUCAACAAAGCAUUGAAUAUGUAUCAGGAAAGGAAAGGGGUUCAAUGAGAAGAUAUUUUUGUAUUGGUUGAAUUUGCUUUAUAUAUCAGAGAAUGUGUAUGUAUAAUAAAUAUACAUACUUGGUUGUGUGAACUUUAAUGUAUUAUCAGGAACUGUGUAUCUCCAUUGUCUCUUUUUCUUGAUCUUUUCUAUCAUGCCAUUAUUUCGCUCCCCUUUUUCUUUCUAAAUCUCUUCCUCAUCCUCUAAUUCACCUUAUCUUUCUGUCCUGCCACCCCCUCUCCCUCUUUCAAUAAUGAAGUGGUUUUGGGAUGACACAGCUAAAGACAACAUAUGAUUCAAACUAAAGAGUUUGAAGGUAGUGUUAACUCGAAAGAGAGUUUAGAUAUCAAAGGAACUACAUCAGCAUCCCGAGUCUUUAAAAUGCCUAUAUACUAUCAGCAAAUAAUUUCAUUAACUUUAAACUGUCAUUACAGAUUUAUUUUAACAAACGGGGCCCCAGAUUUCAACCAAUUUAAAAAUGAAAAGAAAACUCUUCACCCUUUAUGUAACAUGAAUUCAUCAAUGUUCCUGUGUGAAUGAUAUGUACUGGUACUAUGCUAGUAAUUUCAUGUUUUAACCUCAACUGUUGGCAUAUACAUGUAUAUAUUUACACUCACAAAAAUUCUAUCAUCUUGUGAAAUUAUACAGGCACAAACUGUCCCACCUAGUAGAAAACAAGGCAAAAAAUUGUAUGCUAUUUGUAUGGUAUAUACAGUAAUUUUACACGCACAUCAUUAGCUUGAAAGUAGAAGAACAGAUUUGAAAUACAUCACUUUAUUUGAAGGAAAGGCAAAAAUAAAAUACACAAAGUUGUAAGGUAUUCCUGAGGUUUUCUGCAUAAGUAUACUAUAUAAUAUGUGAGUUUCCUAUUCAUAUUUCAGAAGUUAAAAUGGAAAAAAAAAUUCUUGUCAUCCUGAUAUAUAUUUUGAAUAUUUGACAAUUACUGUGUCAAAAAACAAAUAUUAAUGCUUAUAUUCCUAUUAAUCUGUUGUCAUUAAUUUUUAAAAAUGUAGCAUCGAUCUGUCAUUUACCAUCAUUAUGCAACUUUGGGAAGGUUAUCUUGCCCAUAUUCUUAACUUAUAUUUCAUUCAAACUCUAAAAUUGUCCUUUAACUAUGGGAAAGCCAGAUGUGAAAAAAAAUUGUAAUAAAGAUUCAAUUUAAUCAGAAUAUUUGACAUCCAAAUCAGUCUUAACUGUCUGGGAAAGCAUAAUAACAGGUAUUCUUUACAUGGGUGCAAAAUACAAGAAACAUAAACAAAAAAUUAUGAUGUAACUUGUAAGCAAAGUUUUUACAAGUUCAGCUUCCCAUAAUCUGAGCAAAGACUUUAAUAAACUGAACUUUAGAAUAUAAGACCAUUAGCUAUCAUCAUGUACUCUGUACGAGAACCUUGUAACUGUAUUCAUUAGUUUUGAAGUUGUACUUAAAUAAAUUUGAUCCAACCCAGUUAAAAAAGUACAUUGAUGUACACUGCACAAGAUACAUGUAUGCUGUGGCUCUGUAUAUUAAUGAUCAAUGUCUCUUUAAUGAAAAUAUUAAUGACUGUGAACAUUGCUUUUAUUAAUCACAAUAUCUGACACAGGAAUAAGAAUGUCUUUAUAUUGUUUCUUAUGUAAUUUCCCUUUUAAAAGGAAAAAUAAUUACAUGAUUCAAUUUGUCUUCUAAUUGUCUUAUCAAAAGUGAAUUUAAAAUGCUGUUUUUGUUGCAAUCUAGUUAUUUCCUCGUGUGGAAAUUGCCUUUUUUCCUUCUAUUUUUCCACAUGAAAUUCAAUGCAUAUUUGAAGUUGUGUGUUUGCAAUUAGAAAACUAGAUCCAACCAGUUUCAAUGGUACAGCAAAUGGCCGAAGAGAGAUUGAGAUGUACAUAUUGUAAAUUUCAGAUUGAAGUAAUUAACUGGGGAUUUUAUGUACCUGUUUUGUAAAUACUUGAGUUUUUGCUAUCCAAAGUAAGUGUUCUUCUUUAAAAACCAUGCCAUAUCCAGCAAAAUAAUGGUCGUGAGUUGAUGUUUUAUUAUGUUUUGUUAACGCUCUUGCUCAGGAAUGGCAUGAGAAAAUCACAUCAUUAUGAUAUUUGUGUACAAAGUGAACAGGAUAUGAGGCAUCAAGCAAAUAUAUACUAGUAUACCAAUCCUUUUGAAAAGUUACAAUUUUUUUUGUGCACACAUAACAUCAUUCAAUACAACAAGAAUAAUGACCAUGGCGACAUAAAUAUGGCCCAAAGUUGUGCCACGAUUCCUUUGUUUUGUUUUUUUACAUGGAAGUGUACAACACACAUGUCAAAUUGCACAACAGCUGUGAUUUGUCUUAUUUUUUAACACUUUGUUGCCGAGUUUUGUCAUGUUAUAUCUGAGCAAGGCAGCUUUAUUUUUUAGUGUGUGGGUAUUCGGCCUUGUAGUCCUGGAAAAAAAGAGAGAAUGAAUUCAGUAUUACUAUCUUGUUAUGCCUGUCCAGAAAAUUCACAUUACAAAGAUCGUUUUUGCACUCCCAUUUGUGUACUGUUAAGAACAGAAUUGUUACAUUUGUAUAUCAUUUGCAGCAUCACAUACGAUAUUCUGUCAUUUUGUCCUGUUUUAUUAAUAUCAGUUAUAUUCUGCAGCUCUCUGUUUCUCUCACAAACUUUUUGUCUCAAAAUAUUUUUAGAUUAAUGGACUUUAAUUGAAAUUCAAUCCGUAUUCACAGCAUAUAUUCACUAUCUGAAUAGGUCAUGGGGGGGGGUUAAUCCUGACUGCAUCAGGCUUCACAAAAUUGACAUUAAAGCAUUGCUUGUACUGAUUUAUUCACUAAUGUAACUUGCCAUUUUAUUUUUUGUAUGAUUUUUUUUUUGCUUGAGCAAAUGUAUGUUGAAGAAAUGUAAAUCAAAGAGUGUUUGUAUCAAAAUAAGCUUUUACUAAUUUUUUGUUUGUGUCGGCUGUGAGUUGAAUCACUACAAAUAUAUAAUUGAAAAUAUGUAAA